AUGGCCUCCAGGGGUGCGAGGCACCCGAGGGCACUGCACGGUGAUGCCGCCUUGAACGCCACUGCGGACUACCUCUUCAAGGGCCUCUUUGCCAGCAGCCUUUUGAAGAAGCACGUCUCGGAGUCCAUAUCUGCAGCGUUCAAAGAGGCACUGCGGCGGUUCUUGAGCGAUGCUUUCGAUGGCGCCUUUCCAGACAUACGAAUAGGGCGGGACCUCCUGCUGGACUCCACCUUCCGAGGUUUCCAGGAGGUGCUCUUGGCAGCGAUCGAGCAGAAUGGCAUGGAUGGAAGCGACACACUGGUCCAGGCGGUUGCAUCUGUGCUGCCGGCUUUCAAGGACGACCCGCGCGUUAAGGCGCUGGUUUCGGAGAUUGAGGAUGCAGCUGGCUGCGGGGCAAGCGGUUCAGAGCAGGUCGUGGAAGAAGCCGACGAAGACGAGGAGCGUGUUCAAUUUGCAACCACUUCUUUCGCCUCCAUGGAAGGGUCUGACGAAAGGUUUGAGGUGGACGCUGACGAAGUGGUGAUUGAUAGUUUGGUGCCCCUGGUCCUAUUGGAGGCACAGAUUGUGGAGAUCCACGAAUGUUGGCAGGGUUUUCUGGACUGCCACGCGAAACCUGAGCACGCUGGUGAGGCCAUCUUCGCCGCCAUACUCGAUGCCGCGCCGAGUUUGCAGACAAUUUUCCGCGCCGGUACUGCUCUCGUGGCUGGCAAGUUCGUGGCUGGAUACAGCCAGAUGGUACAAAGUCUACGCAGUCCCAACCAGCUGAUGGGUGUGGUCGAGCACAUGGGGUUUCAGCAUCUGGAAGUGGACAUCAACAUCCCUCGUAUUGCGAUCUUCAGAGAGGCUCUCUGCGAUGUGGUGGGCUCAGAACUCGGAGAGAGGCUCACCGACCUUGGUGCCCACGGGCUGCGGCGGCUCGUGAGCUAUGCAGGUGGGGCUUUGAUCUAUAUCCGGGAGAAUUACUCCAAGCGGCUGAAGAUCAUCAGCAACAGCUGGCAGCUUGCACGGGCCCCGGCCGGCCAGGACGAAGCACACAAGGUGGAAGAUGUCGAGGACUCCCUGGCGGCCCCAUUGGAGACCAAAAAGCAGCUUGAGGAGGAGGAGGAGGACGACGAGGAAGAAGGUGAACUCGGAGUCGCUGGUAAGUCUCAAGCAGCUGCAAGCACACCGAGCAAGAAGCGGGGGUUCUUCGCAUCGCUCUGUGGUGCAAAGGUGAGCACAAAGAUGCACACCGAGAAUGCGGGAGCGGCACAGAAGCUGCAGGACAACCUGCAGGCGGUUCCCCGGAGCUUCGAGGACAUGUUUCGCUUCAACAUGGCCGUCAUGAACGUCCAGCAGCACGUAUGGAUGUACGAGGUGCUGGACUGCUUUGAUGCCAUCGUUCAAACCAUCUCCCAGUCGCAGAGAUUGCAGGUCGAGUGCGACAUCGUCACGCUGCGCAUCGCCAGGGUUGGUGGCGACGUGAAGUUCCGCAAUUUCAAGGCUGUGAUGCUGUCAUCCCUCCGAGCUCUGGCACCGAAGGGCUGGAACCCCGACCACGAAGUGGCUUGGAACUGGCUCUGGGAAACAGUGGAGCGGCUCUUGAGCAAGGAGCUCAAGAAGCCUCGUGCUCGGGAGCGCAUCCUGGGCAGAUUCCUAGGAUCUUUGGAGGACGAGUUGCGCCAAGAAAUCCGUGAAAAGGUCUUUGACCGUUUCUUCGAGUUGGCCCCGGGUGGCGAAGAGCACUUCAAGCAGUCGGCUACGAGAUUGAACUUCAUUGCCGACAAAGCCAUCGACCUCACCCUCCAGUUGUACAAGGACCCCAUCAACACUGUGGACGCCAUCUCCGCCCUUGGCUUGCGGCACGUUGGGUACGGGGUCACGGCGGACUUCUUCGAUCCCUUCGUGGAAGGCUGGACGCAGGUCUUCCAGGAGUUGACCGGCGAUGACGAUGUGGCAGACGCUUUCCGGUGGUCGUUCAGCCUCGUGGCGAAGCUCCUGGUAAGGACCAUCGAGCAGGGUGCGACACUUGUCAUGAAGGCCAUCAACACCAACAACGCCAAGCAGGUCAGACGCGCUUUGUCCUAUGCCCCGCGUGGGAUCCGAGCGACGUGGGUGCUGGAUGUAACCGUGGGGACCCAGUCCGUAUCACCUCUCUACAUGUCCAUCGACACGGGCAAUCUGGAGGCUGCCAAGGUGAUGCUAAAGGAUCUCGUCACAAUUCGGGCCGAUCGCGCCAGGUACUACUACGGCCUGGACGACUUGUUCAAAUGGCAUCCCGACAUCGUCAAGAAGCUCACUGCUGAUGCUCCGGAGCUUCUCAUGACCAUGCUGGAUGGCAUGGUUUGGAGGUCUCGAGUUGUGGUGAACGGCAACAGACGGGUGAACUACUACUUGAAGCACCUGCUGGUCGAUGAGUUUGGCAAGUUCUCCAAUGCGAUGAGUUGCAUCGUCAAGCUGGGGGAUCCCCAUAUUGCAGAUCAUCCCAUCCUUGUUGAGCUGGGCGACCUCGUUUGGAAUGAUCUGGUGUACUGGCGGUUCCUCCGAGGGAAAGCAUCCCUCGUCUGCACUGCUGUGAUCAUCAUGCUCAGCCAAUCAGUGCUCCAGUACAUUGACACUGCAGGCUCCUUUGAGGAGAGGGUUGCCACAUUUUGCUGCAGGCUGGUCAUUUACCUCUACUUCAUGGUCUCGCUGAUCUACUUCCGCACGAAGCAUGUCUAUCAGGCUGUGAAGCAUGAAGAGCUCCUGAUCUUCGGCGGCAUGAAAAUGCCGAGGAAGUGGAUUGACGACUGGCAGGAGGGUGUCAGCCUCGCGUUGACCAUAUCGCUGGUCGUCAUGUUUUUCUUGGAACCCAUCCUUGCCUGCUUGCAGCACACGGAGGGUCUGGGCAUCUUCACGCAGAAUUGCUCACAGGCCAACGACGCACGAGGGCUCUAUGAGAUUCUAUCCAUGAUCGCCAUCAUGCUGAUAUUUGCGUUGGCCGCGGACGCAGCGACAGUCUCGACCAGGCUCUCAUCCUGGCUGCUGGUUGCUGGCCAUGUCCUGCCCGACCUUGGACGGGCACUGCUCGCCUGUGGAUUCCUGGUGCUGACGUUUGGCAGCAGCGUGGCGGCAUGUGUCGGGCAGCCGGAGGACUUUCAAGGCAUUGGGAACUCCGUCAUGAGCUUCCUGCAGCUGGCGGUCAACAUGUUCCCGGCCUCGCACCUGGAGCAGCUGGAGGACAACAUCAUGCUAUUUGCGGCGGCGAGCUGCUUUCGAGUCUUGGUUGUGUUUCUGCUGAUGAACGUCCUCAUUGCGCAACUCACCUGCUGCUACAAGCAGAUCUCUGUGAGCAUGGUCGGCUACGCGCGCUUGCGUCGGAUGCACAAGGUUUGCGAGGCCAUGGAGGUGAUUCCUUCCGGGUCCUUCCAGGGCUUCAUCCUGAAUUUGCGGCUGGAUGAUCCAGUGGAGUUCGGUGAGGGUGACGUCGGUCCGGCCGGGGGCAUUCAGGUCCUGGAGCCCGGAAACCUCCAUCCCACGAAUGUGGACACCAUCCGGCGACUUGGUGGGAAUCCGAAAAACCCCUUCCCGCCGGAAGACGAAGAGUUGACGGAGGCUGACAGGUGCCAGCGCCUCUUCAAGAUGUACCAGAAAACAGUGAAGAAGAUCACACAGGGGGGAGCGUCCAGCGAUGACAAACCUGCAAGAGCAGCUACAAGCCGAACAACCUUCGGAUCGAUGCCCACGGAGGCCAAGUGA